CGUUUCAGUUAGUUUUGCGAGUUUUGAUUGAAAUGAAGUCGUAUUAUCGCCAGAUAGACAAAAAACCACAGAGAAUCCGAUGGACAUGCUCUCGAGCGGUAUCUGCAAAGGAUUUCCGGAAGAUCUUCACAGGAUCUUCAGAGGGUUCUAGAAGGGUGAGGGUGUCACCUUCAUCCUCACCCAUAUCAGAGAAUUCUUCCGGAUUUGAGCUUUCACUUUUUUCAGCAGCAUCUUCCUCUGAUCGGCGUUUCGAAGCAUUAGUACGGGAGUGAGAACGGCGACGGUUGACUAGAGGCAUAAUAAGUUUAAUGGAAAUAUAGAAAAGGUGAAUAAGUAAUCUAAAAGAGAGACAAACUUAGAUUAGUUAACUAAAAAAAUAGGGAAUAAGUGACUAGUGAUCACUAGUACCAAAUAUCUUGGAUCCGUCUCAGAUCAGCGCAACUUUUACUGCAGACCCUUCUAAAACCCUCUGAAGACCCUGUGAAGAUCUUCCGGAAAUCCUUUGCAGAUACCGCUCGAGAACAUGUCCAUCGGAUUCUCUGUGGUUUUUUGUCUAUCUGGCGAUAAUACGACUUCAUUUCAAUCAAAACUCGCAAAACUAACUGAAACGGACUUGGCCGUUUUUACAUGGUCCCCACUAAAAUCGACGUAUCUCAGCGAGGAAAUAAAAUUUAAAAAAAAAGUUAUAUUUUUGAAGAGGGGCAUCUGGCGAAUCUCACCAUGUAUAAAAGUUGGCUCUUCGACCCCUUACAAAAAAACAGAUAGGUUUUUAAAAACAAAGACCCGUUUUUAGACCUUCAGCUCGAGGCAUCCUUAACGGAUAGACGUUUGGGUCUAAAAAUGACUUUCAGGUUAGUUACCAAUUCAGUUUUCGAUGCUGAAUCCAAAAAACUUUGAUUCAAGCUUUGAAACCGUAACUUGAAAAACUACAGCCAUUUUCUGAAAACCUUGCGAUUUUGGGGUUUUUAAGGCCCCUCAGUAUUUUGCGAAGUCCUCUGCGAGGAAAAGGUUUUGAGAGCCGGGGAAGUGAUAUUCGCGAUCAGCGCAAAGUUUUCUAUCGAAUGGUGCAUAAAACGUACAAAAAUAAAUUUACUGCAAGUCUGCCAUCUUACAAAACUUUCAUCCUAUUAAUGUAUGUUCCUCUCUUACCUCUGUCGUGCUCACUAAUGCGGUUCUAGCUUGUUUGGACACUAUUAUUUCAAGUGGUAUUUUUACAUGUAUUUGGCAAUGAAAUAGUAGAAUAAACUGAUAUGAGUUUAUUGUGGAUUUCUUCUUCUUUCAUCAAAAAAAAUAUUUUUCACAAGUUUAAGACUACAUUCCAUCUAUUUCUGUUUCUCGUAAAUCAUCAGCACCGGGUAUUUUGUGUUUACGAAAUAAGAUUGACUCUAGCGCAGAGAUGUGCACGGGUACCGUUUUCGUACCCGUAUUCGACUCGAAAAUUUUUUUUCCAUCUGUAUUUGAUCCGACCCGAGAACUUUGUAUCCGUACUCGAUCUGUAUCCGACUUAUGCCUAAAAAUUUUCUCCGUUUUGUUUUUCGGCUGGAGAUGACAAACUAUCAUUACAUUCUCGAGUAACUGUUUUUUAAAACUUCAUGUAUUUUAUCCAAAAUCUUGUGUUUUUCCACCUUCCGGUUUUCGGGUAAAUAAAAAAAACGGAACCCGUACCCGACAACUUUGUAUCCGUAUCCAAACUUCGGAUCGGGUUGUACAUCUCUACUCUGGCGGUAGGAACAGACGAUAAUUCUAUUCGAAGUGGAGAUUGCAAUGUGUUUAUAGAUAAUCUCUCUCAUAUCCAGCUCGACUAACAUACGAAAUUACUAAGAACAACUUGUGAGUAGAAAAUAGUAAAUUAUUUCUAGGCAAUUGUUUUUCACGUUGGCCGAGACAUCGCCUAACUUUUUUGUGUUGUACUACUAACACGAAUCUGCUAAACAUGUCUUCAAGUUUGUGUGUCUAACUCGUUCAUUACAUAGAUAGUCUCACACUGUUGUACCUGAUUUUCAUUAAAUUUGAGUGAGUGUUGUGCGGAUGUAGUCCAAAUUAAUUACAAACUAAAAUUUAAACUGUUUAAUUAGAGGUUUCGUCAUUAGUACCUACUAGAGUCAUUUUGUUACGCAACCUAAAUAACUAUUUGUGAUAAAUCUAUUAAUUUCACUUUUUUAUUUUAGGACAAUUGGCUCCAACAAAUUUAACAGCAUACAUAGCCAAUGCUCACAUGAUGAGCGUUACCUGGGAUUUACCACCAAAUUUAAAUGCUAUUGAUAAAGUAUUUAUAACAAUAACGGAUGUUGAAGCUAAUCGAACAAUACAAAUGCAAUCAUUUGAUAACAGUAUUAAGAAAUUAGAUAUACAAAUAAAAGCAAAUGAUCCAUACAGCGUACAACCAAAUCGAACAAUAAGAUUUUCGGCUAGAUGUUCAGAUAGAAAUGGUCAAAAUUCAACGACAACUAUCUAUCAGAUGUAUAUUAAUAUGAAAGAUCCAGCACCAUUAAAUGUUCGUGUAUUUCGUGUUAAUGAUACAUGUAUCAAUGUAACCUGGGAUCCCAUAUAUCAUCCUGAAGUGUCAAGAUAUAUUGUUUAUUAUAAUGAUAAAUCAGAAACAAAAGAUAUCGAAAAAUGGCCACUAUAUUCACCGCCACCUCAUGCGUCAUCAACAUUAAUCAGUAAAUUAAAGCCUGAUGUUAUUUAUAAUGUCCGUGUUAACGCAGAAUUUACUGUGAGAAAAGAUAGUUCGGCACCCCAAAUUUAUGCCGGUACAAUGUCCGAAAUAUAUGUAGCUGAUGUCUAUCGCAAGCCUCAAUUCAUAACGCAAUAUGACGAUUCGUUGAGUAGACCAACAGAUAUGACUUAUACUGAAGUGACAGCAAAUAGUGUUCGAAUUUGGUUUAAUUUUGAAGACAAAACUCCUCAUUAUGGUCGAAAAGUACAGAGAUUAGAAGUACAUUAUGAAGGUGUCCAAAAUUAUGUCGAUGGUUUGGGUACACCACGCUUUAAUUCUCAUCGUAAUUCAGCUGGGCUUAUUACACUGCCAGCACAUGGAGUAGUUAAUCGCGAAUGGCUUGUAACAGGUUUAGCGGCAAACACAAAUUACACGUUAAAUUUGAGUGCAACAACUGCCGAUGAUUCAUAUUCAUCUGGUCAUUCCACUGUUAAAGUUUACAGUCGUCCAGCAACAGUUCGAUUUCAAACCGAUUAUGAUUAUCGACCAGACAUUAAACGUGGAAUGAAAAAUGUCGGUGGUAAAACAGUACCAUUAGUUUUACACAAAGCAUCAACUAAAAAUGGACCAAUUGAUCGUUAUUAUGUUGUUGUACACUUACUUGAAAAAGUCACAUAUCAGUCCUACGUUCCUCAAGAAGGUCGGAGAGAUUGUUGUUAUACAGCUGCUGUAUUUCCAGCAGACAAACUUCCCGAUACAUUUUUCCUCGGUGAUGGUAAAACAACAGUAGAUUAUUAUCCAUUUGCUGCAAAUGUGUAUAACAAUUCACUCAUAGAAACAAAUUGCAAAGUAAAACUUGUUUCAUGGGGAUUUAAUCGAAAAAAGGAGAAUUUAACAGCAUCAAGUGCAACAACUCCGAUUAUCUUAAAUUCAAAACCUAUUCAAGCAAAUCAGGAUACAAUGAACAAUUUAUUAUGGAUAUUUGGGAUUGUUGUUAGUAUUUUCAUUCUAUUUAUUAUGUUGAUCGUUUUUGCUGUUAAAUAUAGUCGUACGAAAAAGAAACCAAUUACGCCGCCACCUGAAUCAGUUCCAUUCGAUUUAACACCAAAAGUGAUUACAAUGGAAAUGCCGAUACUACCUCCAGCUAUCUCACCAGCAUCAUCUGGGGAACCAGUCGAAGCGAGACGUACACACUGUAUUACGGCUAGUAAUACUUACAGUGUAAAAACUCAUCCACCCAUUCACGUUGAUGAUUUUGCAACACAUGUUGAACGUUUAAAAGCAGCAGAUAAUUAUAAAUUUUCACAAGAAUACGAAUCAAUUGAUCCUGGUCAACAAUUUUCAUGGGACAAUUCAUUGUUGGAAUAUAACCGUGCAAAAAAUCGUUAUGCAAAUGUCAUUGCCUAUGAUCAUUCGAGAGUUGUGUUGAGGCCCAUAGAUGGUAUACCGGGAAGUGAUUAUAUUAAUGCCAAUUACAUGGAUGGCUAUAGAAAGCAAAAUAUGUAUAUUGCAACACAGGGUCCGUUACCUGACACAUUUGGCGAUUUUUGGCGAAUGGUUUUUGAAACGAAUUCAGCAUGUAUUGUAAUGAUGACUAAAUUAGAAGAACGAAAUCGUCUUAAAUGUGAUCAGUACUGGCCAUCAAGAGGAACAGAAACAUACGGACCCAUCCAAGUAGCCCUGACAGAUUUUAUUGAAUUAGCGACUUACAGUAUAAGAACAUUCAAUAUAGCCUGGAUUGGUCACCCAGAAAAACGUGAAAUACGUCAUUGUCAAUUUACAGCAUGGCCUGAUCACGGAUUACCAGAUCAUGCAACAGCGUUUCUGCUGUUUUUGAGGCGUGUGAAAAUAUUAAAUCCGGCUGAUUCUGGUCCAAUUAUAGUCCAUUGUAGCGCCGGUGUUGGUCGUACUGGAUGCUUUAUUGUCUUGGAUGCCAUGAUUGAUCGUCUUAAACACGAAAAAACAGUCGAUAUAUAUGGACAUGUCACGUUGUUGAGAUCACAACGUAAUUACAUUGUUCAAACAGAAGAACAGUACAUAUUUAUCCAUGAUGCUGUUAAUGAAGCUAUUCAAUCCGGUUAUACCGAAAUAAUAGCUAAAAAUUUAUUUGCGCAUUUACAGCGUUUAUUACAGCCAAUUAAUGAUAGUUCAUUAACAGAAAUGGAAUUAGAAUUUAAACGACUAGCCAAUGUUAAAGCACAACCAUCUAAAUUUAUAAGUGCUAAUUUACCAUCGAAUAAAUUCAAAAAUCGUCUAGUGAAUAUUUUACCAUAUGAGAAUACACGUGUGUGUUUAUCACCCAUACGCGGUAUUGAUGGAUCAGAUUAUAUAAAUGCCAGUUAUAUUGAUGGUUAUCGUUCUCCAAAAGCAUACAUUGCUACUCAGGGACCACUAUUAGAGACUGUUGAUGACUUUUGGAGAAUGUUAUGGGAACAUAAUUCAACAAUUAUUGUCAUGUUAACCAAAUUAAAAGAAAUGGGAAGAGAAAAAUGUGUUCAGUACUGGCCAAAUGAACAUUCUUCUAGAUAUGGUUAUUUUGUUGUUGAUCCAAUCGCUGAAUACAAUAUGCCUCAAUAUGUACUAAGAGAAUUCAAAGUGACAGAUUCUAGAGAUCGUCUAUCUCGAACAGUUCGGCAAUUUCUAUACACUGAAUGGCCAGAUCAAGGAGUACCUAAAUUUGGUGAAGGUUUCAUUGAUUUUAUUGGUCAAGUUCACAAAACGAAAGAACAGUUUGGACAAGAUGGUCCGAUUAUAGUUCAUUGUUCAGCCGGUGUUGGACGAACAGGAGUAUUCAUUACACUUAGUAUUGUAUUAGAUAGAAUUCGGUAUGAAGGAGUUGUCGAUGUAUUUCAAACAGUGAAACUACUAAGAACUCAAAGGCCAGCCAUGGUACAAACAGAGGAUCAAUAUCAAUUCUGUUAUCGUGCUGCCCUAGAGUAUCUUGGCUCAUUUGAUAAUUUUGUCUCCUGA